GUUGAAUUUUAGUUUACGAAGAUGAUGCUGUAUUUGACGUAUGUCGUCCUGGUUUUCCUCCCGGGAGUCAUUUCCUAUGCAUAUGGACCUCCCCUUGGAUCGUGUGCCUCCAUGUUUCCGACAGGUCACAAAGCCAGUGCUCAAACCACCGCCCCUCCAUACACAAUAUCUGUGAACGCCACGUCAUACAGUCCUAACGAUGUCAUUGAAAUAACUGUGAAUACUACGGGGCUCCAUGGAGUGACAUACUAUGAAGGGAUUAUGAUGCAGGCGCGUCAAAUUGCCUGCGAUGUGGCGGCCCCUACCAAGGGACAUGGGAGUUUCUCGGUGGAAGAAGGGGACCAAUUCCUGGAGACAAUGGAUUGCGAAGACAAUGCAAAGAGUGCUGUGGUUCAUAUGAAUCACUCCAAGAUUGAAUCUCGGGUUUUCCACUGGAAAGCGUCGUUCCCCUCUGGAGUAGGCCAUCUCAUUUUCAGAGCUACGAUCGUGAAAUCGAAGACCACGUUUUGGACCAAAGUAUAUUCUUCAAUCAUCGAAGAUGAGUCAUCCCAGGCCCCGCUGAAGAUCUGCAGUAAUGGGUCUAAUACAGUCGAAUAUCACUCUAUGAUCACCGUCAUGUUUGCACUCACAAUGCUUAGUACUCUUAUGCUGUGAGAUGAUUUCAAAAUGACAACGUACAAUUCUCUAUAAGAAGUGAAAUUUUGUGUUAACCCUUUUGACAAGUAUUAUGAUAUGCAGGUUUACCCUUACAGCGUAUACACAGGCUGGAGGUAAUAUAUUCUAAUGUACUUUUUAUUUCGUGUUUUAAUUAUAGCUAAAAGUAAAUGUCCGAAUACUGUGCAGAAUAAUUGUCGCAUUCCAUUUUGUUGGUUGUAACAUGGUAUUUGGUUUAUAGAUGGUGGUGGGUAAUUUUGUAAGGCUUUUAAGGUAUUCAAUGUGUAACGACCAUAUUUCAUAUCUUAGUAAAUGGAUUGUGGGGUUUUUGUAACCAUGGUAUGAUUUUGGGUUCAUGAAAUAAAAAAAUAAUCCAUCAUAGAAAUUUUCAAAAUUUUGAUUACUGCUCGAUUUAUUUCACCUAGAAUUUUACAUUGAAGUCUAUUGGUAGAGCAUGAUUCAUUAAGAUAUUUUUUAAAAAAUUAUAUUUUCAUACAUAUUUCUAUGAUAAUAAGUUACAUACACUUUCUAUUUAUGAAAAUGUGAAAUACAAUUAAACAUUUACCGCACAUAUUUUAGAAAAUUAGAUUUCUCUUAUUUUUACGAGGGAAAGAUAACUUCAAAAAAGUUUCAAGUGCAAAAAGGUCAGUUUAAAAUCAUUUACCAGUCUACUUCACUUUCAUCAUUAUUUCACAGUAAACAUUAAUUAAAUCAUUCAAAAUUGCUCAUUAUCCCUUCGAUACACAUCGAGUACCUUGAUAGUUUUUCAUUAUAUGUGUAUUAAUUAGUAAAUACAACUUUUAUAUAUUUGUAUUUUUGUGGUGUUUUUUGUAUUGAAUUUUAUAUUUUAUUCAUAUAACUCUAUCGCUGUGGGUAUGGUAGGCAAUGAAAACAGAGAAAAAUUUGCAUUUAUAAUAUGCAAGACAAAAAAUAUUCCUCAGAUGUAUUUUCUUUUUAUAGAAUUGUGUUUUACUCAGUCCAGUGCAAUCUUGUAUCAUAUAGAUAACUUCAAUUGAUGUGAAACACUAACGACUCUUUACCAAAAUAUAUGUAUAUAACAGUGUGAUGUUCAUAUGGAAGAUAUGUAUGUAGCAACAUACACAUUUAUUGGGUUUUAUUGCUAAUUUAUUGCUAUCUGUAAUAUUGAUAUGAAUUAUGUAAUACCAAUGUUUUAUCUGUAAUAAAGCUUUACUAUUUCAUUUUACAUAU